GAUUUAAACUAAUAGGAGAUGAUGGAGUCAGAUCCAGCUACUAUAGAGCAGAUAGAGCCUAUGCCCGAGGAUUUGGAGGACUUUAGGGAAAUUCACGAAGUUGCUAAAAAAAAACUGUUUACUAAGCCGUUCUGUAACGUGUUGGUGAGCGCAGUGGUAAUGUGCCUGGUUUACUCGGCUUUCUUUCCUGGCGGUGGCUUACUGGAUGUGGUGAUAACUGAUGGGAUGAACACCACACACAGCUCGGAUGUGGGCUUCUUAAGUCAAAGUUUAACCUUCGCAUCAAGUAUACCAGUAGCCCUCAUAACCCCCUUCGUCAUCAACACAAUCGGAAUAAGGGCAACUAUGGGUAUCUCUAGCAUCCUUUACAGCGGGCUCUUUAUCGGCAUCAUCUUUAUGAAGACCUGGACUAUCUACCUCGGAUCAGUUAUUACAGGUGUUGGGAUGGGGCUGACGUGGGUGGUUAUGCCGAAAGUGUUCACAGACAACUCGACCAUGGAAAAUCUUCAGAGGAACAAUACCAUUUGGUGGUGUAUUUACAUGAUGAGCAUGGUUAUAGGAAACACAGCAGAUUACUUGUACCUUGGUACACUCACUACGAUAGACGCGGACACAAGACUCUACAUCUACCUUAUAUGCUGUGCCUUCACCGUAGCUGCAUCCCUUGUUGGAGUUAUCGGCUACAGGAACUUGAACGAAACAGCUGAGGCUACCCAAGAACUUGAAAACUACAUCUCCUCCAAAUCUAUUGAUUCACACCGAGUAAUGGAGAGUGACAGUGCCUGGGAGAGGAUGAAGCUGAGCGCCGCGAGAUACAAAGUAACGUUGCUGAGGAGGGAAGUAGGACUUCUCUUCACCCUGCUCAUCUACAUUGCAGUGGUGCAAGCCUUCUACACCAUGACAUUCCAGACCUGCAUUGGAAACACAUUCACUGAUAGGAGUUUGAUAACGCUGAUGGGGCUUGUGUUGGGGGUUACAGAGGUAGCUUGUUGUCCCAUACUAGGACUCGUCUGCGAGAAGAUUAGCAACAAAGUUAUCGUUAUAUUCAUGUUCCUGUCAGCACUGGCUUCCUUCUACCUCACCUUCCUUAUCUUCCCUGCAGCAGCUUCCUACAGAGAGGCAAUGGGGGAGGAAACGUUCAUCAAGCCACAGAAGUACCUUGUGCUAUUAAUAGCUGUUCUGUUGGGGAUAUCUGAUGCUGGAUUCAACAUCAUCCUGAACUCUUUGAUCGGACGACUCUUUCAGUCGGACAGUGAGAUAGGGUUCAUGUUGCUCAAUGCGGUCAUGUCAUCCUCCAGCGCUGUUGUUUUCCUCAUUAGCCCCUAUGUUAGCCUAUAUGCACUGCUCGGCGCUGAAGCAAUCCUUUGUACUAUGGCCACUAUAUGUGUUACAAUGGAUCUGUUUAGAAUAGGAAAAUAAACGGUGAUGGCUCGAACGGUGACUAAAAGAUUCGAAAACAGUAAAAUGAAAAUAUCAGUAACCUGAGUUGACACAUGAAAUCAAAAGACAGAAGAGUUUUCCGGUUUGGAAAAUAAUAUGUUAGAUAAGGACACUGGACAGACAUAUAAUUCAGAUUUCAGAUAAGAAUAAUUAACAUUAAUACAACAGCAUGAGUCAUGUGUUGUGGGUCUCGGGGCAGAGUAUGAAUGUAAUUAUCGUGUGUGUUAUUAGUUCGUGUGAAUUCAUCUAUUCCAUGAUGGUUUGUUUGAUUUGAUUAGAAAAUAUCUAUCAAUAGCAUUCUCUGUUAACAUUUCUGCUUUCUGAAUUGAAUGUUUGGGGGGCAAAUCAGCUUUGUUUUGUAAACUUUCUUAUUGCAAUUAGUUAUAUGAACAGUAUUAUUUGAAAUUUUGGUUAUAAAAUGAUAAAUUCUAUAUUUGUUUUACACUGCGACUGUUUAUUUUGAUAAGUUCAUUU